CUCAGGAAGCACCAAGUCCAUGAUCCCUAGCUACCAAUAUUUCUCCAACGUCUCCUAUAAAUCUAUGCUCUAACCCCCCAACCAUUUCUCGUAAUCACACAAAAACACACACAAUAUGGCCACCACUCCCGGCUUCCUCACUGAUUGGCCAUGGAAACCCCUCGGAAACUUUAAGUAUGUUGUUCUGUCGCCAUGGGUGGCGCACAGCCUGUAUAGUUUUGUUACGAGUGAGGAGAGCGAAAGGGAUUACACAAAUUUCUUGAUUCUCCCUUUCCUCCUCUCCCGGAUGUUGCAUAAUCAGCUGUGGAUCAGCUAUUCCCGGCACCGGACGGCGAAUGGGAAGAACCGGAUCGUCGAUAAACCCAUCGAGUUUGAGCAGGUUGAUCGGGAAAGUAACUGGGAUGAUCAGGUGGUGUUGAACGGGCUGUUGUUUUAUUUGUUCAACACUGUACUGGCGAAGGGGUCGCGGCUGCCGGCGUGGCGGACGGACGGCGUGUUGAUGACGGUGGCCAUACACGUCGGCCCGGUGGAGUUCAUCUACUAUUGGCUGCACAGGGCGUUGCACCACCACUUUCUCUACUCCCGCUACCACUCCCACCACCACUCCUCCAUCGUCACCGAGCCCAUCACCUCCGUGAUUCAUCCGUUCGGAGAACACAUUGCGUAUUUCUUGUUGUUCGCGAUCCCAGUGCUGACAACGUUGUUCACCGGAACUGCCUCCAACAGCAGCCUUCUUGGCUACGUUACUUACAUCGAUCUUAUGAACAACAUGGGACACUGCAACUUCGAGUUCAUACCUAAAUGGCUCUUCUCCAUCUUCCCUCCUCUCAAAUAUUUGAUGUAUACCCCAUCGUACCAUUCAUUACAUCACACUCAGUUUCGGACCAAUUAUUCACUUUUUAUGCCGUUUUAUGACUAUAUUUAUGGGACAAUGGACAAGUCGACUGACACGUUGUAUGAAACAUCUCUAAAGAGAGGAGAAGAGUCUCCAGAUGUGGUGCAUCUCACACAUUUGACCACCCCAGAGUCUGUAUACUCUAUAAGGCUUGGGUUCUCGACUUGGGCCGCAGUGCCACAAAGCCAUAAUUGGUACGUUUGGUUGAUGUGGCCUGUCACAUUAUGGACCAUGAUCAUCAACUGCAUCUAUGGCCAAACUUUCAUCUUGGACAGGAACAUUUUGGAAAAAAUCAAGUUACAAUCUUGGGUUAUACCCAGGUACAAGGUUCAGUACCUGCUGGAAUGGCAAUCACAAGCCAUCAAUAGCCUGAUUGAAGAGGCCAUAAUAGAGGCUGAAGGUAAAGGUGUCAAGGUUUUAAGCUUGGGUCUUCUCAACCAGAGUGAGGAACUAAAUAGAAACGGGGAGUUUUACAUCCAGAAAUACCCAAAAAUGAAAAUAAAAUUGGUGGAUGGAAGUAGCUUGGCGGUUGCAAUAAUAGUGGCCAACACAAUUCCAAAGGGAACCACUGAGGUUCUCCUUAGAGCCAACCUCAACAAAGUCUCCAUCUCCAUUGCCUCUGCAUUAACCCAAAGAGGCAUCAAGGUUGUUACCUCGUGUGAAGAUGACUACGAGAAGCUUAAGCUUGCCACUAACUCAAAAGGUAACUUUGUGCUGUCAAGGAGUUUCACCCAGAAGGUUUGGUUGGUCGGAGAAGGAUUAACGAAAGAAGAACAAAUGAAAGCGACAAAAGGAACAUUGUUCAUUCCCAUGUCUCAAAUCCCUCCCAAGAAACACCGCCGUGACUGCUCCUACCACCACCCGCCGGCGAUGCUGGCACCGCCUUCCCUCCACAACCUGCACGCCUGUGAGAAUUGGCUACCUAGGAGGGCGAUGAGCGCCGCGCGGGUGAGCGGGAUCGUGCACGCUUUAGAGGGGUGGAACGUGCACGAGUGUGGGGAGAAGAUGUGUGACAUUGACAAGGUUUGGGAAGCUGCCCUCAGCCAUGGUUUCCGACCACUGCCAUUGCCAAAUUGAUGAUGAGAAAUCACAGCCGUUAUUGGUUGCAACGUUUUACUACCUUAAUUUUUUCAAAUCUAUAUCCACUACUACCUAAGCUCUACUUACUAGCUAAGCUAGCUGAUGAUGUUGUGUUUCUCUGCUGGCUGCAGACUGUGUUAAAGAACUUUGGUUUUAUAAUAUAUAUGCGUGAUCUAUCGUGUACGUGGACAUUAUUAUUCCUCUUGUGGAGGGCUUUUAAGCAUGAAAAUAUUGAUAUCAA